AUGCAAGGUCCUGUUAUUCUGAACCACUGUUAUUCCACUCUGAGAGUUGAGAAUGAACCUUGGGGAAGGGGGCACAAGGGAUUAUUCUCUCUGUGUGUGUGUGUAUGUUUCGGGGUUGUCUUUUACCUGUCACUUCCUAAAGAAGGCAUGGUUUAUUUAUAUCGGCCAGUAGAAUGGAGUACAUGUAGGCUACAUAAGACCAGACAAAGCACGCUCCAUUGUUCAGUGGCACUUUGGGAGUCCCAUUGUUCUGCGCAUCACACCCAUCCUCCCUCCUCCAGCUCCAGCCAUGGUAAGUGCCUGCCCAGUGCUGUGCUGUUCCACUUUUUGAUCUCUGUCACGCUCAACUAUGUCAAAGGGGUGGGGGUAGAGGCAAGGGAAUGUGAUACUCCGCUGCAUCCUUAGAGUAGACAAAUGUAUUAUAUAGAGAGAUAGACAGUAUAUGCUUAGCUUGAAGAACAGCUCGAUAGAUUAUUUGAUUCGAUAGAGAUAUUUGAUGUCCGAUGUCAUGUUCUGCUGAGGAUGAAUAAUGAAUAUGAAACUGGAAGAAAUUAACGAACUACAUUGCAAAGAACAACAUUUGUCUGUCCAUCUGGAGAUUUCCAUGAAGAUAUUUCAGUUUUGACAUUAUUCUAAUCUUCUUUGUUUAUAGUAUGUUACAUUCUAACAGUUGGAACAUGAUUAACACAUACACUACCGGUCAAAAGUUUUAGAACACCUACUCAUUCAAGGGUUUUUCUUUAUUUUUACUAUUUUCUACAUUAUAGAAUAAUAGUGAAGACAUCAAAACUAUGAAAUAACACAUAUGGAAUCAUGUAGUAACCAAAAAAGUGUUAAACAAAUCAAAAUAUAUCUUAUAUUUGAGAUUCUUCAAAUAGCCACCCUUUGCACACUAUUGGCAUUCUCUCAACCAGCUUCAUGAGGAGGUCACCUGGAAUGCAUUUCAAUUAACAGGUGUGCCUUGGUAAAAGUUAAUUUGUGGAAUGUGACAAGGUAGGGGUGGUAUACAGAAGAUAGCCCUAUUUGGUAAAAGACCAAGUCCAUAUUAUGGCAAGAACAGCUCAAAUAAGCAAAGAGAAAUGACAGUCCAUCGUUAAUUUAAGACAUGAAGGUCAGUCAAUACGGAACUUUGAGUGCAGUCGCAAAGACCAUCAAGUGCUAUGAUGAAACUGGCUCUCAUGAGGACCACCACAGGAACGGAAGACCCAGAGUUACCUCUGCUGCAGAGAAUAAGUUCAUUAGAGUUACCAGCCUGAGAAAUUGCAACCCAAAUAAAUGCUUCACAGAGUUCAAGUAACAGACACAUCUCAACAUCAACUGUUCAGAGGAGCCUUCAUGGUCGAAUUGCUGCAAAGAAACCACUACUAAAGGACACCAAUAAUAAGAAGAGACUUGCUUGGUCCAAGAAACACAUGCAAUGGACAUUAGACCGGUGGAAAUGUGUCCUUUUGUCUGGAGUCCAAAUUGGAGAUUUUUGGUUCCAACCGCUGUGUCUUUGUGAGACACGUUGUGGGUGAACGGAUGAUCUCCGCAUGUGUAUUUCCCACGUAAAGCUUGCAGUAGGAGGCGUUAUGGUGUGGGGGUGCUUUGCUGGUGACACUGUCUGUGAUUUAUUUAGAAUUCUAGGCACACUUAACCAGUAUGGCUACCACAGCAUUCUGCAGCGAUACGCCAUCCCAUCUGGUUUGGGCUUAGUGGGACAAUCAUUUGUUUUUCAACAAGACAAUGACCCAACACACCUCCAGGCUGUGUAAGGGCUAUUUGACCAAGAAGGAGAGUGAUGGAGUGCUGCAUCAGAUGACCUGCCCUCCACAAUCACCGACCUUAACCAAAUUGAGAUGGUUUGGGAUGAGUCGGACCGCAGAGUGAAGGAAAAGCAGCCAACAAGUGCUCAGCAUAUGUGGGAACUGGUUGAGAGAAUGCCAAGAGUGUGCAAAGCUGUCAUCAAGGCAAAGGGUGGCUAUUUGAAAAAUCUCAAAUACAAAAUCUCAUUGUAUUAUUCUACAAUGUAAAAAAUAGUACAAAUAAAGAAAAACCUUUGAAUGAGUAGGUGUGUCCAAACUUUUGACUGGUAGAGUACAUACUGUAUGUUUAGUAUUCCAUCCUGUAUGUUUACUUCAUACAAUGCUAAAAUGUAAUGUAUUUUAAGUUGGGCAGGAUAACUCCUUAAUUCAUAGCAUUUAGUUGAGUUAGUUCAGGGGUGGUCCUGGCAAAAACUGUUAUAUCCCAAUAGUUGUAUUGUGUCCAUAGUAACACUGGCGCCAGAGACAUAUAUUUAGACAGUUAGGUCAACUUUUGGAAUAUUGUUCUAAUUCUAGACAUUCAGUUCCACAGCUUUGUUUAAAUAUUAUCCAUUGUAAUGUUAAUAGGGAGCUAACAUGGCUGCCAUAGAAUGUUGUAGUGUCAAAAUGUAAAUGCUUCCUAAUGCAGAAACCACAUUGGCCUAACUCUCUUAAUAUAUGGCUCUGAGUGGCGCUAGCAUAAAUCAGCUCAGGGUAGACCAACCCACCAGGCUUCAUGGAUCUACUCCUUUUCCACCUCCCGCCAAAGGCACCCAAGAAGGCAAAGAAGAAGUCAGCGGAGGGAGCCAACUCUAAUGUAUUUUCUAUCUUUGAGCAGUCUCAGAUCCAGGAGUUCAAGGAGGUAAGGAUCUGCCUCUCCCCUUAUUACCAUGAUGACAGUCCAUCAGUCCCCCUGCACCCCUUUCUGUCUGGGUCCUAGUGCAUAACCCAUUCUACCUCUACUGUACUGCUUGAUUUACACUAUAGGGCCAACCCGACCUGUACUCUGCUAGCGCAGACAUUUUAUUUUAAUAUUGUCCUUUCCAGCACAGUUCCAGCAACUAUGGUGGAUUUGUAACCAGGCCAGCACAGCUUGGCCCUAUAGUAGUGUGAAUCCAGCAUCUCUGUAAGCCUGUAGGUUUACAUGUCCCUCUGUCCAUUGUCCACCUGUCUCUCUGCCCCAGCCAUGAACCAGGCGUGUGGUAUGAGCGGUGUCGCUCUUUCAAUCACAGCCAGGCAUUCAGGCCCUGUCAUCAGUGAUUAGCCAGGGCUGGGGAUAGAAUGGGAAGCAUGCCCUGGCCUGGAUGUCACUCUUAAACCCUGGGGAGUAACAUCAUAUAAAUACAGCAACUACGAAUAAAGGCUUAGGAAAAAUGUUCAGGGAUCCAUGUUCCAGAGAGCAUCGAUGGGAUUGUUUUGACAAAGAUUUAUAUACGAAUCCCUCCUCUCUUUCUCAUAUUUGAUAUUUAUUUAGAUAGUUGGAAAGACAAAGGGAGAAAAGUAAGGGAGGAGAACCCCGUAUUCUGGAAUGGGGAUAACGUGUGGGCUGAAGAUGCCGGUGUUACCACUUUACUGAACUCUGGCACAUAGACUGAUUUGAUAUGCAGAGUGGCGCCAUCUGUAGCCCAUGGGAUUUACUGUCACUCUCCUCCCAACACAUACACACACAGACAAACUCUAGUUACUGGUAUGAGUCUUCUCACAAGUCUCCCAUUAAAUGUUAACCCACCAUGUUGACAGGCCUUCACCAUCAUGGACCAAAACCGAGAUGGAUUCAUUGACAAAAACGACUUGAGGGACACCUUUGCUGCACUGGGUGGGUUGAAGAUCUAUUCUAUUAUUUAUCUAUUUGAUCAGGUAGGUCAGUGAGAACUUAUUCUCAUUUACAAUAACGACCUGGCCUAAUGAAAGCAAUGGUACUGACCCAUGUCCAUGUAACAGGCCGUCUCAACGUGAAGCAGGAGGAGAUAGAUGAGAUGCUGAAAGAAGCGUCGGGCCCAGUCAACUUCACCGUCUUCCUCACCAUGUUUGGAGAGAAGCUAAAAGGUGAGGUGUGCAAACAAGGGAUGCGUUCAGUUGGUUAAACGUCCUGCUACAUUUUGCAACAGUACUGAAUGUCACUUUCUCCCAAAGGUUUACCAGAUGAUGUGCCUGAAUCGUAAUUUGACAUUGUCCCUCCUUAUUUCCGUAUUGUAACUCCUGUCUAUGUAAUCCAAAUGUCUGCCUACCCAUCAAUUUCAUUCUAAUUAGAGGUGUUCUCUGUGUAGGUGCUGAUCCAGAGGAGACUAUCCUCAACGCAUUUAAAGUAUUUGACCCUGAAGGAAAAGGAGUCCUGAGGAAGGACUUGUGAGUACCCAGUGUGUGUGUCCCUGUGUGUGUGUAAACGGGUCUAUAGAUUAUAGGUUAAUGUCCUAAACACCUUGUUCUUGCUCCUCUUCAGUGUGACCGAGAUGCUGACGACACAGGCGGACAGAUUCUCUCCUGAAGAGGUUAGAGCCCAACCAACAUACCCUAAACACACUAUAAGCUAUAAUCUGUAUACUGUAUACAAACACACACACACACACACAAACACACACACACAAGCCCUGGACCCCUUGUACAUACAACUAUCUAUCAACAGCAGACAAACUAUUUUCAUUAAACUCAUAGCCACUCAAUCAGUAACAACACAGUUCAUAUAUAAAUAUGUUGCGUGUUGCUUAGAAUCUGUUGUGAUGUGUAUGAUGUGUCACUGAUUGAGUCACUAAAUCAUCUUGAUGGUUUUCUUAGAUGGAGCAAAUGUUUGGAGCCUUCCCACCAGAUGUGGCAGGAAAUGUAGACUACAAAAACCUUGUGCACAUCAUCACACACGGAGAAGAGAAGGACCAAGAGUAA